AUGUCGCGUCUUACUCUUUCCUCACUGAAAGCCCAGUCCUCAAGAAAUGCUGCCGUCCAAGUUACCUGUGAGGUCGACUGGCAAGAAGCCUUGAUCUCCAUUAGUUAUCUCUCACCCCUUGUGAAUGCUGUCGUACUGUCAACCGACGCUAUCGCUUAUUGCUAUUAUUUUGGUGGUUAUGGUUCCGACGCCUGGGACUGUACUCUUAGUGAGGACUGGGACGACGCUCUGAAUGUUUCGGAGCUCUCGGUUUGCAUCUGUGACUCACCCACACGUGUUCGCAAUCUCCUUUCCGAUAUCGCCGAAGCGCCCUUCCUCAAAACCAUUAUCUUGACCAAGGCCAGUGAGGAAGAACUUGCCACCCUGCGUUCUGAGGCUGCCGGCCGCGCUCAGAUUUUACUUUUCAAGGACGUCUUGGAUCUUGGCACUGCGGGCGCUCAACCCGAGAAGCUGCCGGAACCAGACGAUUUGCAUCUUCUGUGCUACACUAGUGGAACUACAGGUGUGUUUUUCAUGUCUCUGCGUUGUUAA